GUGAAAUCAGAUUAUUCAAAAGCGGAACGAGGGAAUUUCAAAUAUCUUCUAAAAUGGCUGGGAAUUACGGCCAUAAUAUGGACAGAAUGCCCUUGAUAUGCACAGCAGGGAAAGUAUUCGAGGAUCCUUUAACAAGACAGACGGUAAAACAAUGUUUAACGGAAUAUAGGGUAGACGAGGCAAUCGACACAUUAAAGAGAAACGCUCAUAUUACCAAAGAAGAGUAUAAAGAACCUCAACACAAACCGCCUAUAGAUAAUAAAAAUCUUUAUCGCACCAACACAGAAAUUAGUGGAAUACUUAAGCCUGGUGUCCGCACAAGAUACCAGAUCCUGCUGGACGAGUUAGAAGAGUCCGUUCACGAUUCCUAUUGGAACAAAGAAGUUGGAAAGCAGUACGAUCCAACUCCAGCUUUGCCAAGAGGAAUGAUACCCGUUUUAGAGAAAUUUGGAAUUAAAAGCAAUCUAACUGAAAAAGCCGAACUAGUAGUCAAUCCACCGAAAACUCCCUACGAAGUUCUAACUGAGAGCCAAAAAGCGCACGAAAUGUAUGUGAAAACGCAUGGAGAUUACAACCCCAGCGAAAAACUCCACAGAAAUUAUUGGUGUCCCCCAUACGAUUGUUGCAAAAGGUUCGGACGAAGGUACAACUACGAUUACAGAGGCAUCUGGGUGAAAUGCGCUUGCGCCUGGCACAUCGAGAAGCCCUAUCUUCACACCAGCAAGAGCGUCGCCGAUUAUGCCGCUCGAACGAGAUACCCCUUGGGGAAGCCGAUUGAACCGAAUAAGAUUAAAGACCAAAUGCCGAAGGACAAGGUGUUCGGAAAACCCACCGACAGGCCGAUGUAUGGCGUUGCUGAAAUAUUGAAAGGGGCCAAUUACCACCCGUGCAUGUUCCUGAGAGACAUGCACAGUUGGGUGCAGAUGGUGAACAAGCUGCGCAUGCUUGUCUAUGGUAGAAUUAGCAAGGGUUAUUUGUAUCUGAGGGACUUUGAGAAAACGUUGGUGCAUUAUGAUGAUGAUAAAAGCGGCCUGAUGACGCAGGAUAAAUUCUACGGGCUUUGCGAAAAGUACCACAUUCAGUUCUCGAUGAAAGACAUGCAGCCUUUCCUGAAAAUAAUCAAAGUCGUCGACGAAGAGGGAAUGGUCGAUUACAAAAACUUCCUGAAAAUGAUCGACCCGAACGUUAGAACGCCGGAAAUAAUGCCGAUAAAAGAUUUGCCUGAAUCUUCUCUUUACUACGUUACCGGUACUCAAGAGAUGUCAACUGAUAAGGAACAUUAUGACAAUUCAAAAAUGCCAACUGCUGGUCUGCCAUCGUUUAGAACAGACUUGGAGAGGCCUUACAAAACCGAAGGCAUUCACACAGCAGACAUGGACACUUUACCCAAUUUUACUACAAUAAAAACAACUAUAAAUCCUAGUAUCUACACUAGAUAUGGAUUAACGUUCAGGGAUUUCUUUAUGCCUAGGAAACCGGAGGUUAUAAGGAAACUAUUCGAAAAAAUUGGUUAUCCCCUAACAGACAGAGCUUUCAAUAAACUGUGGGAAGAGGGCGUAGCUCACGACGAGACUGGGCUAUGUUGCGUGGACACCUUCAAAAAGUUAAUUGAACUGCACUUCCCUCAUCGAACGGAAAUUCGAGUGGACGAAAUAGACGAAACCGAUUGCAGGGACGUUUACGUGAACAUUUGAAAUGAAUUCGUACCGGCAUAUUUUCGCACAAAUAAAAAAAUGGUUUAUUAAAUUAUGCGGUAACCAAUUACAUACGUUGCGUAUUUGACUUAAAAAAAUUACUGAACAAAACGGAAACAGAGAUUAUAAAUUUUUUUACAGGAAUAUGUUAAAAGGUCCUAAUUGGUCACAUAAGAAAAAUGUUGAAAAUUUAAGGAUGAUUUAAGCUUAACUUUUUCGUCUUUCUUUACUCCUGUGCCUCCUGUCCUUUUCUUUACUGCUAAUUUUGUCCCUCGAUCUCGAUCUGUGCUUUGAUGGUUUUUCAAACGCUUUUUUAGUAGUUUUUAAUUGAUGUAUGUUAUCUUCGUGUCUACUUUUCAUCCAUUCAUAGUCCUUUUUCCUCCCACUCCCUUUUUCUUCGUUCCUCCGUUGCCUCUCCCUGUCCUCCCUAUCAUCUUUUCUGUGUUUUUCUUUAACGUCCCCGUCGUCUUUUCUUUUAUCUUGCCUCGAACUUUGCUUCUCCCUUGAAACGUGCUUAUCCGUAUCGCUUUUGUUUUCUUUAUUUUUAUGGGUUUCUUUGCGAUCUUCCUUGUCCUUCUUCUUCUUGUGCUUACUACUGUCGCGCUUUUCGGCUUUACGAUUACUUUUAGCAUCCGAUUUUGAAGGUUUAGUUUCCGAGUCGCGUUUCUUUUUCUUCUUUUUGGAUUUUUGUUUCUCAUCCUCGGAACUCGAAUCUACAAAAUAGGUUUUAUAAUGAAAAAAAAAACAUCAUUAUUGUGAUCAUUAACAUUAACUGUAAAAUAAAUACAAACCUCCAGAGCUAUCAUCGCUGCUUUCUUCUUCGCUCGAACUACUGCUGCUACUACUGCUGCUGCUGCUGCUGCUACUACUGCUACUAUCGCUUUCUUCCUUCACAGCGGCCGUUUUAGUUUCCAUAAUUUUAGGGACGUUCUUUAAAUGCUCUCUAAGUUCGUCUGUUAGACCGCCCAAACCGAUGGACGUGAAGAAAUUAAUGGAAAACCUGGUAUUUUUCGGAUUGUCUCUAGGAAAUAACCCUGCAAAAUGUUGCUGAAGCGU